AUGCUCCUGCUCCAAUUCUCCUGCUCGCCCAUCGCUUCUUUUGCGACUGCACCCUACAAUCGCUCCUCUCAUCCGCCGCUUUCCAAAGACCGUGACUACUGGGGCCCCAAUCAUCCGCAGACGAUGCAGAACCCGUACGUCGUCCCCGAUCUCUCGCUCCAGUCUCUCAAGAAGCAGCGCUCGGACCAGUCGCUCUACCUCGACAGCUUCCACAACCGUGCAUCGUCUCGCUCUCCCGCCGAUGCCCUGGCGAUUCACACCGGUGCUGGCGAGCGAGCGGAUCUGCCGUUUCCGCAGGAUCGAUCCAUGUCCUCACCAACGACGCCCGUGCCGAUGCAGCGCCGCCUGGUCUCCCGUCCUCGUCCCAUGUCCAUGUCCAGCGUGUACAGCAUGCCCGAGUACCGCCAGCCAUGUUCGCCCACGAUCCCAAUGUCGCCCUACAGUUUUACCGACGACAUGAUCUCGCCGCGACUGCAGCCCAGCUACGGACACUCCAAGCCCAUUCCCAUGUCGCAGACCGCCUCAAAGUCGGUCUCGCCCUACCACGGCUACUCCCACAGCUCGCAGAGUAGCGGCCUGACCCUGACCCCAAGUCCAUCCGGAGCGCAACAUCUGACCCGGGUCAGCACACCCUCGAAUGAGAAGCUGAGGUCCCGGCCUGGCUCGCGAUCGCCGCCGGCGGGAACUGCCCCCAAGCCCGAGCCCAAGUCGACCGACACCUCGCGCAUCUCGAUCCUGUCCCUGAUCUGCAGCGAGGCCCUGGACGACUAUGCAGAGCCAGAACAGCCCUGA